CCUCUGGGCGUCGACGACGUGCCUCCGAGUCCCCGCCCCCGCGCCCCUGGUCCUCCUCCGGGGCAGCAGCAGCAGCAGCAGCGGCGGCGGCGCUGUGAACGGUCCUCACCCUCCGACAGCUACAGGGGGCGGAAUAAGGAGCUCUCGGUACUUCAGGAACAAACGAGUAGCCUUACCAAAAGAAACCAGGAAAUUAGAGUGGGGGCCCGCGUUUGGAAAAAGGGACUCUCUUAACCAGUGUCCUCAAGCUGUUCUUGAGGUUGAUUCAUUGGAUGUGUUCAAAUCCAAAUAUGCACGUGUCGUUCCAGAAACCAAUACCAGCUCCUCGUCCCAGCCCACAGCACACAUUUGGCUGAGGAACUUGCAGAGCCUGUCUGAGCUUGCCAGCAACAGCAGGUUUAGUGGAGACAUACCUGUACUGUGCGAUGGCUCUGUUGACCCUGCGUAGAACCCCAUCCAUCUCCACCGCUCCAGAUGAUGACUUCCAAAGAAGAGGGAGACUUCAGAAAAGGGAGAGCUUUGCCCUUGUGAAGGGAGCUGUCCAUCUGCUGGAAGAUGGCAAGAGGUCAGAUCUUGAUGAGGAGACUUCUUCUGGUCCAGUUUCUCCUGUAAAGGAAGGUGAUAGGGCGUCAGACACACGCCGCCGACAGCUUCAUGCCAUGGUUGAACAGCUUAGACCAGAAGAUACCAUCAAACUGGCGGUGCAGUUGGAGUCUGUCAGCUCGGUCAGAGUCCGAUAUCUGAUCGUCGUCUCCACCCUUGGCAACAAAGAAGAGAGUAUCCUGCUGGGCAUGGAUUUCCCUAACUCAGACAGUGAACAGUGCACCAUCGGCCUGGUUAUGCCAGUAUGGAGCGACACACAGGUGUAUCUAGAUGGAGAUGGAGGGUUUAGUGUAACCACAGCUGAAGAGACCAGAAUUUUUAAGCCUGUUUCCAUGCAGACCAUGUGGUCAGUGCUGCAGGUGUUACAUGGCUGCUGUGAGCGGGCCGUGAAGGCAGCUGUGAUCCCAGGAAAUGGCCUGGAAUGGGCCCGGCAUUACCACCACCACAUUGAGUCAGACCGCCUCUGCCUCAACGAGUGGGAAGCCAUGGACGACCUGCAGUCAGUCCGCAAGGAUAGUAAUAAACAGAAUUCGGCAGAAAGAAUUUCCAACGAGGUGCUGAUCAAAGAGCACCUGAGAGACAUCAUGAGGACUGAAGAUCUGGACAAUCUUACGUCUAAAAUGGUGCACUCUGCCCUGAAGACCAGGAUAGUCUUUGACAUUAGACCCUAUAAGGAGUACAUUGACAAUGAGAUCCUGGUCACCAUGGCUCAGAUGGACAAACCCUCCAAAAUAUUUGACUACCUUUACCUGGGCUCUGAGUGGAACGCAGCUAACUUUGAGGAGCUGCAGAAAAACAAUGUGGGCUAUAUCCUGAAUGUGACGAGGGAGAUUGACAACUUUUUCCCAGAGUCCUUCACUUAUAUGAACAUCAGAGUGUACGAUGUGGAGACCACCGACCUGCUCCCUCACUGGUCAGACACAUACAACUUCAUCAACACUGCAAGAAAGAGUGGACAGGCAGUGUUGGUGCACUGUAAGAUGGGAAUUUCUCGCUCUGGUUCUACUGUUAUCGCCUACGCCAUGAAGGAGCAGUGUUGGCCACUGGAUGUGGCCUUGUCCUAUGUUAGGGAUCGCCGGUCCAUCGUGAAACCCAACGACGGCUUUAUGAGGCAGCUCCACACCUACAACGGCAUCCUCAAUGCAAGCCAGCAGCGUCACAGCCAGCUCUGGAGGCGAAAGUCUAGAGACCAAAGACAAAAGUCAGUACACAAGGAGGAGGGAGGGGAGGAUGGAAAGCCAGAAGAGGAGGAGGAGGACGAUGAGGAUGACGUUGAUGAUGAUGAUGAUGAGGAUGAGGAUGAAGAGAGUCCAGAUGAAAAAAAUUGUUCAGUGGAAGAGGUGUUUGAAGAGCCCGUCACCCAACCGGAUAGCAGUCAGGGACUCGAGCAGACAGGACCACCAACAGUCAAUCCUGUUAUCACAAUAAACGAUCGAGACAAGGUCGCGUCGAGUGUGAAUCGCAGUGGCAGGAUGAACCUCUUCUCUCUCAUGCAGUCCAUCAGUGAACUAGAUGAUGGUGAUAAAGUGCAGCUGCCUGGCAGUCCAAAGCGGUCUCCAGGGCAGCGGAGGCGUAGCCAAGGGCGGCGGGGUCUGACUCACCAGAAAGCAUGCAUGGAUGUUUCGCCUGAACCACGGAGCCUGCUGGAUGCAGAUCAAAAGAAAACCUAAAGAGAUCAAGACCUGGAAGAGCAGGGGGAGUUACAGGAGGGAGAGGGACCUGUCGCGGAGGAGGAAGAAGUCCUGAUGGAGCCAAAGUGUGCUCCGGUAACAUGCCAAGGUUUUUAUACACUGAUACACUCUGGCUUUAUUUUAGAUUAUAUAGAUGAUGGAAGUUAUAAAUUAUGUUUUGCAGGUCUUUCAUAUUGCAUAACUGUAUUUUAACUGAUGGUUCAUUGUUGGAAAAAAAAGGAUCUUGCUACAGUUCUGCUUUACCAGUGAAAGCCAAGAUACCUGAUGUCUGAAUAAUUAUUAACGUUAUUAGUGCCUGUUGUCAUCAAUGUGUUUUAUCAGUGUUUUCAGAUCAUACCUUACCACAUAAGAGACAUUCUGCUCUCUCCCUUCAUGUAGCGUUCUCGCUUGUUCCCUCUUCUCUUCUUCAGUUCUCAUAUCACAUUCCAGAGAUGAUAUCUAUGCAAUUACUGUUUCUCUUUCACUUUCCUCUGUAAAUACGAGGCUGUAUGCUGCCAAUUCAAGGUAGACGGUUUAAAAUGUGUUGGGAGGAUUUCACUGUAUCCAAGCUGUGCAUUAUUAUGGACCAAGUCUGGGCCAGUUUGCCAAAUGAUGUAUUCCAAUGUGCCAAUGAGUAUAUUUAACGGGAAAUCUUUGAUCAUGUCAGUAUGCUAAGGACCAAUGUUAUCCAUUUAAAUUUCAUUCCCUCUAUUUAAACACCAGAGCUCUAUGAGUGCCUUCAACCUCAGAAUGAAAUAUGACUCUAUGACUGGUGUUUUUAACGUUUUUACUACGACAUGGUGGCUGCAGAUUGUAUUUUGUGCCGUUUCUCACUUGGUUUGAUUGCAGUGUAAAUGUGACCUCCCGAGGUUUUUUAUUGCAUGUAUGCAUAAGGCACAUAUCUAUAUGGUAAAUAUGUAUCAACACAUAAUUGCUGAUGACCUGGGUGCAUGUUAUGUGUUUUUUUACAAACAUGUGAGAGCAAACAGUUCAGGGUUUUCUCAUGUAUUUAUGUCAACAUUUAAUGCAUUGAGGUAAAUUAUUCAACAUACUGUUUUUUUAGAUUUCUGAUCAUUAGAUGCUGAUGUGGAAUAUUUCAUGCUGGUGUUACUUUUUAUCCAGUGAACCCAAGCUAAAGCUUACUCCAUUUAACCUGCAUGCUCACCAUUAAAGAAAACAUGCACUUUAUAACCCCACAGAACACACUGCCUGAGCCAACAUCACGCUGUAUUAUGAUUAAAAUAAUUCUUCUGGGAAACAUCUCGGCCUUGUUGUGUUAAGCUCUCAACUGUCUGCACCUCUCUUUUGUUUACAACAAGCACUAUGAGAUAAAAAAAAUAAAUGAUACUCAAACAAA